AUACAAAAGGAAGCUCUUGAUGAAUGAGUUUGGAAGAGAAAGAAAGCUGUCUACGGGAAGCUCUGAUUCCAAGGAGUCCACAGGAGGCAUGGAACUUGAGACUGAUGAAGCUGUUUUAAUGAGGAGGCAGAAGCAAAUAAAUUACGGGAAGAACACGCUGGCGUAUGACAGAUACGUUCGGGAAGUUCCAAAGAGCUUACGAGUUCCAGGAGUCCAUCCGAGGACUCCCAAUAAAUUCAAGAAAUACAGUCGAAGAUCUUGGGACCAACAAAUCAGACUGUGGAAGGUAGCGUUGCAUUUUUGGGACCCACCCGCUGAAGAAGACUGAAACACGCAAUCCUGUUGAUCUUGGUGAUAUGGAAACUACCCUCUGUAUAAAGUAAUUCCGCUUGGUCAUACGCAAGUUCCCAGGACGGCCACGUAAGCAGCUUGAAUUUUGCGACUAAAUUGCCGAAACGUAACGAGCUAGCCCAUCUGCGGACGCAUCUGUCUUUGUGGAACAUAGACCCUUGUCCGGCUUUAAAGAAGUUUCCAUACUAGACUACAGUUUGUUUUACUGAAAUAGACUUUGUUAUGGCUCCCGCUCAGGAUUGCUACCAAGUCACGUGGAAAUAGUACUUAGCUGAAUGCAGCCAUUAGGACAAGUGGUUUGUUUCCAGGGGCUCAGUUAACUUGAUGGAAUUAGUUGUUCUUAUCAAAAAGAUAAGCUAGCGUCAGCUGUUGUAGAAUUGUACCUGAAAGUUCUGUUGGCAUCUUAAAGCAUGUGUUUUAAAAGAAUACUGUAUAUCCAGUGUGUUUGGCAACGAAGAACUUCAUAUAUUAAACACUGAUCUUUUUAA